AUGUUGAUCCAGGUGUGCCUGUAUUUUUACUGCACAUUUUUGUGGCGCUGCCUGAAAUUUGUCAUGAGGAAGCUGACCGGAAGAUGUGAACUGCAACGGAUCUGUUACAAUACCAAGCCUGGAGCUUCUAGAACCAUGAAGAUCGAAACAUCAUUGAGAGGUUCAAAAAGUAAGCUGUUGCAGACUUCAGUGAGUGUUCACCUUGAUGCUAUUGAAAAAACUAUAGAAGACAUCAUGGAACUGAAAAAAAUUAACCCUGAUAUAAAUCCACAGUUGGGAAUCUCUCUCCAGGCUUGCCUUCUGCAGAUCGUCGGAUACAGAAACCUUAUUGCAGAUGUGGAAAAGCUGCGCAGAGAGCCCUAUGAUUCUGAUAACCCCCAACACGAGGAAAUGCUUCUGAAGUUAUGGAAAUUCUUGAAGCCCGAUACUCCAUUAGCAUCUCGGAUUUCUAAGCAAUGGUGUGAAAUUGGUUUCCAAGGUGAUGAUCCUAAAACGGAUUUUCGAGGAAUGGGACUUCUGGGACUGUACAAUUUGCAGUAUUUUGCGGAAAGGGACGCCACAGCAGCUCAGCAGGUCCUCUCUGACUCUCUUCAUCCAAAAUGCAGGGAUAUCACUAAAGAGGAAAUAAGCAAAUUCAGCAAAGCAGAAUGGGAGCAGAAAAGGAUGGACAAAGCAAUUGGCUACUCCUUUGCAAUCGUGGGCAUCAAUAUAACUGACCUGGCAUAUAAUCUACUGGUGAGCGGAGCUCUAAAGACCCAUUUCUAUAACAUCGCACCAGAAGCUCCAACGUUGUCUCACUUCCAACAAACAUUCUGUUACUUGAUGCACGAGUUUCAUAAGUUUUGGGUUGAAGAGGAUCCCAUGGACAUAAUGGAAUUCAAUCGCGUGAGGGAGAAAUUCCGCAAGAGGAUCAUAAAGCAGCUGCAGAACCCCAACAUGGCGCUGUGCCCACACUUUGCUGCUUCGGAAGGCUUAAUCAACAUAUAG